AAGGGACCCAAGCCGAUAAGGUAUCCUAAGCUUGCGAGGGUUGCAUGAUAAUACCCAAUUUUCGAAUGACCGUUGAAGUUGAGAUGUUCGACUGAUAUCUUGAUGCAAAGUUGAGAAAUGAUUUCUUCAUUUUCCUUAUCUUCUGUUCAUAUUCCUCCAUUACCGAAACCAAAUCAAAUUCAAAGAAAAAACUUGAAAUCAUCUUCUUCACCAACAGAAACACUAACUCCAACACCAAAAGAUCUUCUUGACAAUUUCAAUACUGUCUUUGAACUCAAACAACUUCAUUCCUACAUAAUCAAAACCAACAAAGACUAUUCUAUUUUACCUGUAACUCGAAUCGCAUCUAUAUGUGCUCUCUCACCGAGUUUUGAUUAUGCCCGUACAAUAUUCGAGCGCGUCGAAAAGAAUGAAACUUUUAUAUGGAAUUCUUGUUUGAAGACUUAUGCUGAAAGUGAGUCUCCAAUUGACGCAAUUCAUUUCUUUUAUCGGUUAAGGCAAUCUAAUCUUUGCCCAGACACAUUUACUUGUUCUUUUGUUCUCAAGGCUUGUUCGAUCUUAUUAGAUCUUCAUAAUGGAAGAAUUGUUCAUGGGUUGGUUUUGAAACUUGGUUAUCAAUCAGAUUUGUUCCUUCAAAAUACGAUUGUUCAUAUGUAUGCAAAGGGUGGUGCAAUUAAUGAUGCUAGGAAGUUGUUUGAGAAAAUGCCUAGACGAGAUAGUGUAACUUGGAAUAUCUUGAUAACUCAAUUGACGAAGUUGAAUGAGAUAGAUAAGGCACAAGAGCUGUUUGAUCAGAUGCCUGAUAAAAGUGUUAGGUCCUGGACGGCCAUGAUUGCUGGUUAUGUACAGUGUGGCAAACCCAAGGAAGCUGUUGAGCUUUUUAAACAGAUGGAAGAAGCUGGGGAAAGUCCUAAUGAGGUGACCGUCGUCGCUGUGCUUGCUGCUUGUGCAGAUUUGGGCACGUUGGAUCUUGGUCGCCGUAUUCAUGAAUACUUGGAUAAAUGUGGAUAUAGGAAGAAUGUGCGCGUGUGCAAUACAUUAAUCGAUAUGUACAUAAAAUGUGGUUGUUUAGAGAUUGCCAGGAGUGUUUUCGAUGAGAUGGAAGAACGGACAAUUGUAUCUUGGUCUGCCAUGAUAGGUGGCCUUGCAAUGCAUGGGGAAGGAGAAGAAGCUUUAAAGCUUUUCUCAAAGAUGACUAGGAUAGGCAUUCGGCCUAAUGCUGUCACCUUUGUCGGUCUUUUACACGCUUGUAGUCACAUGGGAUUGAUAGCAGAGGGUCGUGAAUUCUUCACCAGCAUGACUAGGGAUUACGGAAUAACCCCAGAACUUGAGCACUAUGGGUGCAUGGUUGAUCUCUUAAGUCGCUCAGGGUUACUUUCAGAAGCACACGAGUUUAUCAAGAACAUGCCAAUAAAGGCUAAUGGAGUUGUUUGGGGCGCUCUACUUGGUGGAUGCAGAGUACACAAGAAUAUCAAAUUAGCAGAAGAAGCAAUCAAACAUCUCCAAGUUUUAGACCCACUUAAUGAUGGAUACUACGUGGUUCUUUCAAACAUCUAUGCAGAGAAAGGGAGAUGGGAAGAGACAGCUAGAGUAAGGAGGUUAAUGAAAGAUCGCGGAGUGAAGAAAACGCCUGGAUGGAGUACAGUGACGGUUAACGGUGAAGUUCACGAGUUUGUGGCUGGGGAUGGAAAUCACCCUCAAGCUGAGGAGAUAUAUCAGAAAUGGGAUGAAUUACUCACACAAAUGAAGCCAAGAGGAUACAUUCCAAAUACUAAAGUUGUAUUGCUAGACAUGGAUGGAGAAGAGAACAAAGUGCAAGUUUUGUAUCGUCAUAGCGAGAAACUAGCGACAAUGUUUGGACUUAUGAAAACACCUCCCGGAACGACUAUAAGAAUCAUGAAAAACCUCCGCGUUUGCGAAGACUGUCAUUCAGCUUUAAAAUUAAUAUCAGAUAUUGUUGAUCGAGAGAUAGUAGUGCGCGAUAGAAACAGAUUCCAUUGUUUUAAAAAUGGGUUGUGUUCUUGCCGAGACUACUGGUAGGGAAGUUUUUGAACCCAAUUCCAUAUUGCUGUAAAUGUGAAAUAU